UUAUUACAGUCCCAAGGUAAAUUUAUAGAGUUAAUGCGCGUAAUUUCUUCACUUAGCAAAUUCAAUAAUGGAACCAAUAUUAUUAUGUAUCACAUUUAUAGCAGGAUUUUGUUUACUUGUUAUAAUUUAUCUUCGGAUGUCCGAGUAUUUUGAAAUUAGGCAUAUUCUGGGAUACAUACCUGGACCAAAGGCGUAUCCGUUCGUUGGAUUAUCUUGGAAAAUUAAAAAAAUUCCUCUGGAAGAUCAAUUUAAGUGGUUUAACGACUUAUGUUUUUCAUUCAAAAAUGGAAUGGUUGUAACUUGGCUUGGCACAAAGCCAACAGUGAAUAUUCGAAAACCACGACAAUUACAGGUCAUUUUAGAAAAUAGUUCAUUUACAACUAAACCCGGAAAUGAUAAAAUAUUAACACCGUGGUUAGGUAAUGGUGUGUUUACAUCAAUUGAUAAAAUAUGGUUUGAUCGUCGUCGAUUUGUAAAAUCGGCAUAUUUGGAGCUCUAUUCGACAAUUAUGAUUGAAAAACUGGAAAUUUUAAAGGAAUGUAUCUCCAAGGAAUUGGAAUUAAAUAAGACGCAAACUAUUAAUAUUUUUAAUCUAGUUUAUAAAUAUAGUCUUGAUACAAUUUGUGAAAUUGCUUUUGGAAUAAAUUUGGAUUUACAACGAAACGAAGAGAAUGAAUAUGUUGAAACUCUUCACAGAAUUGGAAAACAAAUUUUGAGUAAUAUAAAAAUUAUGCAUAAUUUUACAGAAAAGAUAAUAAUACAAAAGCAAGUGGACAGGGAGCAAAAUAAGCUAUUAGUAACGGAAGAGUUUAAUAUUCUUGAAACAUGCAGAAAUACUUCAUUGUUAGAUAAAUUAUUAGAUGUGUGCGAAAAUACAAAAACUCCUUUUACUCUACAGGAAAUUCGAGAAGAACUCGAUACGUUCAUAUUUGCUGGUCACACUACCAUAACAUCUGCUAUUAGUUGGGCAUUUUUUAUGAUUGGCAAUAAUCAAAAUGUACAAAUAAAACUUCAAGAAGAACUUAAAGAAAUUUUCACUACUGAUAAUGAGCCAAUUACAAUACAAAAGUUGGAAAAAUUGCAGUACAUGGAUAGAGUUAUAAAAGAAGUAUUGAGAUUGUAUCCAAGUAUUUCUUCAUUCGAUCGUUUAGUAGAUAGUAAUGUUGUUAUUGAUAAUUAUUUUAUACCUAAGGGGAUUGCUGUAAGACUUCAUAUUUACCAGCUCCAUCACGAUCCUGAGGUUUGGGAAGAUCCUGAAACCUUUAAUCCGGAUAGAUUUUUACCAGAAAACAAUGCUCAAAGACAUCCUUACGCAUAUGUUCCUUUUAGCGCUGGACCAAGAAAUUGUAUUGGGCAGAAAUUUGCAAUUUUAGAAAUAAAAAUUGCUUUGACAGUUAUUUUAAGGAAAUGGCACAUCGCUAGUUUAUUGAAACCCAGUGAAAUAAAAAUUAUAUCUAAUUUUAUCUUAAAACCCUUUGAUAAAAAGAUCGAAUUAUACCUUAGGCCAAUUAAUAAGUCAGAAUCAAACUAA